GCAAACACCGACUGUACUUCUUUACCAGGCGUAAUAUUUGUGUGGAAUGCAUAGAUGAAUGAAAACAUUAUUUGAGUCAUUAUUAUGAUUUAAAAAUUGUUCAGUAGCAACUAGCAAGGUACAGUGAAGACCCUUUUAUUGCACUUGUUGCACCGGAAGUGCCAUCACGCCGUGUUGAAACAGCUUGACUAACGGACCGUUAGUGACUAGUGGGGGCAACUGAUGCUAACAACCGUGCGGACCAGUCCACACCGCGACAAGAGUUGUCUGUGGUCAGCGUGAGAUGCCUGGUGCAGGUCCAUGGGUGUGAGUCGACUGGAUGUAUUUUACAGAAGGCUGCUCCUCACCAAACUCUUCAUCGGAGGUUGGGGGAAGCCGGAAGACCUCAAGAGAAUCUUUGAAUUCCGCAAGAUCAUUGGAGACAGAGAGAGGUGCAAGACUCUUGUGCCCGAGGACUAUCCAGUUUACAUACAUAAGACAGAGGAGCACUCUGACUGUCUCAUCCAUGAUGGAUUCUUCAUCUCUCCCCUGGAACACUUGGUUCCUGAAAUCCUGCCACCAGAGGCUGUCAAAGCCAGAUUCCAGUUUAUAGUCCCUAAGAAGUGGCAGAAGAACAGACCAGUAUGUAUCCACUUGGCUGGGACUGGAGACCAUUUCUUCUGGCGUCGACGGACCUUGAUGGCCAGACCUAUGAUCAAAGAGGCAGGAAUGGCUUCAUUGAUUCUGGAGAACCCAUAUUAUGGCUACCGAAAACCCAAAGACCAACUGCGUUCCUGUCUAAAGAAUGUGUCUGACUUGUUUGUAAUGGGAGGAUCUUUGAUCCUGGAGUCGACUGUGCUUCUCCACUGGCUGAAAAGAGAAGGAUACUGGCCAUUAGGGAUGACGGGUAUCUCCAUGGGAGGAUAUAUGGCAUCCCUGGCAGUGACUAACUGGCCAAAGCCCAUCCCUUUGAUCCCCUGUUUGUCCUGGUCCACUGCCUCCAGUGUCUUCACUACGGGUGUGCUGAGUAAAGCAGUGAACUGGACUGAGCUGGAGAAACAAUAUUCCAUUAACUCUGUAUAUGAAGAGGAGAUCAUUCAACUGUUGGAGUACUGUGGGGCAGAUUCUUUAAAGAUGGGUCCAGACUUUGUGAAAAACAUGGACUCUAUAGAGCAACUGCUGACUUUUUCUGGAGCUUCAGUAGACCAGUACUCCAAAGCCAGAGGAGGAACUGAGGUUGACAAAGUAGACCACUUAUUAUCAUCUGUGAAUAACAGUGGGACAAGCUUGGACUCUGGACCAUGCUUUGGUACAAACAGCACACUGCAUGGAAAGAAGAAAGAUUCAGCCAAAUGCCUUCGACCAUCAUUGCAUAAAGAGUCAAUAAGCUUCAUGAAGGGAGUGAUGGAUGAAUGUACACACAUGGCCAACUUCUCUGUUCCUGUCGACCCCAGUCUCAUCAUCGUAGUUCAGGCUAAAGAGGAUGCCUAUGUGCCUCGCACAGGUGUCCUGAGUCUGCAGGAGAUCUGGCCAGGAUGUGAAGUCCGCUAUCUCAAUGGAGGACACAUCAGUGCAUACCUGUUUAAACAGAACGUCUUCAGGCGGGCCAUAUAUGACGCAUUUAACAGAUUCUGCCUGAAGUAUCCCAACUUGCACUAGUCUCAGAGGCUGCACCACACCAGGACCUACAUGUCCACAGACCAGAGGCCUCAGUGAAAUGUUUGGCAGUGAACAUGUUUUCUGCUGAGACUAACUGUGUCUGGCUUCAUAUACUAUCAUUACAUGAAGGCCAGCUUAGUGUAGUCUCAUAGUCUACCCUGCAGGGGGAGUGGUGUGUGCCAUGUGAUGGCGUGAAAAGUUCCUGUCUGUGUUACUAUGUAGAGGAACACUCAGAAGUGUCCUUUCUCAGACACACACACACACACAACUACAGUCCGUGUUCUAUUAAAAUAUUAACUCACUGAUGUGCACUUACUAUAGAAUUUUGAUUAAUACACAUUUUGAUUUAUUAAUGAAAACAAAGGGGUUAGCACUCUCACCUUGCAGCGAGAAGACCCGGGUUCGAGCCCCGGUUGGAACAACGGCCUUUCUGCAUGGAGUUUGCAUGUUCUCCCCGUGUGUGCGUGGGUUCUCUCCGGGUUCUCCGGCUUCCUCCCACAGUCCAAAAACAUGCAAUGUGGGGAUUAGGUAAAUUGGACACUCUAAAUUGACCAUAGGAGUGAGUGUGAGAGUGAAUGGUUGUUUGUCUCUAUCAGUGUGUGGCCCUGCGAUGGACUGGCGAACUGUCCAGGGUGUACCCCGCCUACCGCCCGAUGUAGCUGAGAUUGGCACAGCACCCCCCGCGACCCUCUGGUGGAAGAUAAAGCGGUAGAUGAUGACUGACUGACAAACAGUGUUUUGACUGAGAAAUAUCAUAGGAGUUAUAUUGUAUAAGAAAGUCCCAUGAUUGAAACAUAGCUCUUAUGUAGUUUGCUUUUUUCUGAAAUCUGCUGCUGCUGAUGAUGAUGAUGAUAAUGAUAAUAAUAAUGAUAGAGACUUAGUUGUUGAGAGCACUUAAUCAAAAUCAUCGCCAUAAAAUCAAAACAAUGAAA